UUUUCUAUUUUUCAAUGACGCGCGCUAACUGGUAGUGUUUCACAAACACAAAACCUCUGACAUGAUAAGACCACAGGCUCAACAACAAAAUGGAGUUUGGACCUGAACCACCAAAACAUUUGAGAAAAACACACAAUAAUCAAACACAACCUGCAACACUGAACGUCAAAUAUGAUGAUAAUAUAAAUAGUGACUCUGAGUUCGUAUAUGGUCCAGCGUUACCGCCGGAUUUAGUAGGAAAUGUCCGAAAUAAUGAAUCUGUUGUUCCUCUUUCGGACACAAUAUUAAAAAAAGAUGAUGAUAAUGAUGAUGAUGAUAAUGAUAAUGAUGAUAAUGACGAUGAUAGGCUAUUUGGUCCAGCAUUGCCUCCUAGGUUUAAUCAAAAUUCAGCAGGUAUUAUUGGACCAUGCAGACCUCAUGUUUCAUAUGAAGAUAACACACUGUCAGAAAGACAAACCAGCUUAGAAGAUGACGACGAUCAGGAGACUAUUACCAUUGGACCAAAGUUGCCUACACAAAAUGAGGAAGAUGAAUACAUAAAGAGGUGUAAAGAAGAAAUAGAAUCUCGUGCUAAAAUUAAAAAAGAUGAACUUUCUGAUAACAAGGGUACAAGAAGUAAGAAGGUUGAGAGAGAAGAAUGGAUGACAGAACUACCCCCAGAACUAGGAAAAAAUUUUGGCCUUGGUCCAAGAACGUUUCGAAGUAAAGAAGUAAAUCUUGGUGACAGAUCAGUUUGGACAGAUACUCCUUCACAAAGGGAAAAGAAAAAGGAGUCGUCUUCUAAACCACCAGAACAACGUGAAAAGACAAAAAAAGAAGUUGAUAUGGAAAAAUACGUUGAUGAGCAUAACAAACGAUAUCGUUCAGAAUCGUUAUUGGACCUUCAUCAAGAUGUUCAAAGGAAAAAAAAGAAAGCAGACGGUACUCAGUCAGAAAGAAGACCGUUUGACCGUGAUACUGAUCUGGGUUUUAGACAAUUGGAUGCUAAAAAACGAAAGUCUCUAAUAAAACAAUCAACACAUUUAAAUUCUAAGUUUCAAAACUCGAAACAUGGACCUACGUAUUUGUAAAUACGUCAAACAAUCUCAACUGCCAAUAUUGUAACUGAAGAAUGUUGAAUACAAAUAAGUGUUGCUCAGUCAAGAACGGACGAACAAGGCAAGCAACUGAGGCAAGGGCAAUUAGGCAUGCAACUGAGGCAAGGGCUACAGCAUACAAACAGACUUGAUAAAAUAUUUUUAUUCUUAAUGUACAUAGUAUUAUUAUAUUAUUCAGU